CAGGAAAAUGUGUUCAUUCGUUCAGUAAAAGUGUGUAAAGCUGAAUGUAAUUCGUCUUUUCAUGACACGGUUUGUAGGAUGUCGAAACGUGCGGGUCAUUUUCAGUUAAAACUGCCCACGAACGCCAAGAAAGCCAAGCUUGAUAUCGAAAUAACACCGACCCAGCAAAUCAAACCGUCGACGAGUUCAACUUCCUCCAAAAACCGGCCUGCCAAGCCCUCCGUCGAUAAUGCCUCUAAAAUCGAUGCUCUCUGGGGUGACGAGGAUGACGAGUUCAUCGUGCUGGCAUCGCAGGCCGUCGAGGAGUUGGAAAUGUUUCAACAAAGCCAAAUUAUCAGCGGAACCCAGACGGCCGAUCUUACGUUCGGCAAGUUCAGUCGCCAGGUGAAAUCGAGCACGCAAACCGUCACGAUAUCGGAGCAUACUUCGGGUGUUUCUAAGCCGCCUCCCCUGGCAACGGAUAAGCUCACAGCCGAGCUGUUUGCCGAUGGCGAUGACGACAUAUUCACGGAAAAGUUCGACGACAACUACCAGAAUAUCGGCAAUCAUAUCGACAACUACUUCAACAAUGAAUUCGAUGAGGAGUUUAAUUUGGAUGAAUUCCGGCAGGAAGGCCAAAAGCCGGCCGUCAGUGGACGUAUCGAGCCACCUGUGCCAUCACCGGGACAAUCGGCGUCGUCGGAGUUUAAAACCCCUGCGUUACCUCCCAAGAUGAACGGCUUGCUCCCAACCACAUCCAACGGAACGAGCGGAAUCAAACCGAAGGCAACCACGGCGAAUCAGUCCAAUGCCAUGCUCGAGCGAGCACGGGCCGAGCAGGAGGCAAAGGAAAAUGUGGCCAAAAAGCAGGAGCACGCGAAAGACAUUCAGCUCAAGUUUCUUACGAAACGCCUUGAACAGAUAGAGCGCAAAGCCGAAACACUGCAGAAGGACUACAAUGAGGCACUGGAGAAGGCACAAAUCCGGGACGGUGAAGUGUCGAUGUUGCGCUAUGAGCUCAAGACGGUCAAGGGCACCAACGAGCAGCUGCGGAUGGAGAAAAUUCGCGAGAAGGAAACGAUCAAAAAGGAAUGGGUAGAAAAACUGAAGGAUCUAGAGAAAGUGGUGAUGGCUCAGAAGGUCGACUUGGACUUUAAAGAACUGGAAAUGGCGAAACUCCGUACGAAGCACCUGAAAGGUGCAUCACGUAGCGCAGAAGCACGAAGUAGCGAUGCACCUCAGCAGGAGCGCGUGACGGAAGACAGUUUUAUCCUCUCUUCGCUGCUGCCACAGUUAACGCUAGACGAAGUUGAAACGGACGGUGAAGAUCGUCAGUUGACAUUGGAUCCACACGUUUUCGAGAUAUCAUCGGACGGUAUUGGGCCAUUCAGUAGACGAAGAAAGUUUUCCAAUCUCUCACAGGCGGAUGCACUAAUGGCGCAUCAUCUCAGCACCCUGCAGACCGUUCUGUCUCAGAUCAUUACUCAAACAAAUGGUUCCAAGAGUCUUCCGAAGUUAUCCGCAGCUAUGCUGGAGGUGGUGGUGCAGUCAAGCGAUCAAGCAUUCGCUGAAAUCACUCAAUACUGCCACCGUUUGGCACCAGCACAAGUUAAGGAUCCAGAAUCGACGAUGGGUGGUUUCGACUGGUUUAGCGGUCAACUCGAAGUUCAAAACCCGAUCAAUAUAUUUAAGCGUGAUGAGCUCUGUCCUGACGAGCAGGGAAAGGUGGCCCGCCGUUUCCUUGCUCUCCUGGGAUUGUUAUGCAGAAUAUCGAGUGAGCUGGUGAACGAGACAUUGCUGCGAGAUGAUCGAAUAAGUCAGUUGGCUAGAAGUGUUAAGCUGUUGAGCAACGCUUGUACGUUAUUGAAGCACCAAGGUAUGGUCAUGGGAGUGGCCGCACUGUUGAAAGGCAUUAGCUAUCAAUUUCCUCGAUCGGUCGAGGCUAAUCAACCGGCCGGUGUGCAGUUAUUGGGGCUUUUUCGCUCGAUUGUCCUCUGCCAAACGGAUGCCCCUUCCAUGCUGGUUGAACUUUCCGAGUUUCUACGUCGUAUGAGCGAAGGUCAUCCUCACAGCGCGCUUCUGAUUGACGAGCUGUGCCUAAACGGUGCACCAGUUCUAAGAGAUUCGAGCAAAAAAUAUCGACUUAAAACGAUCAGCUUCUCCGAUGAAACAUGUACCUUGCAGAUGUACGCGUCGCUGUUGGAGGCAUCCGUUAUACCAAACAUUCCCUACGAGGACUGGCAGUUGAGACGGUUGCUGGUAAACGUAGAAAACACGAUCCGUUUUCUGCGCAACGCCAUGGUCAGGCCCGCUCGUUGGGUGCGCAACUUUGUUGAAGUGGCUUCCUCGACGAGCGAUUCGCGCGUUUGCGAGCUCUGCCACAUCCGGAUGGUGUCCGCAUGCGUAGUACUGAUGCAUCGAUUGCUGCUUUGCUGGCACCAGAGUACGGUAAAUGAGGCUGAAGAUAUUGAGCGACUUCAGUCUGCCGUUCGCAAUGGCACACUUUUGCUGUUCGAUGUGUUCCACACGGCUUACCGUGGGAAACUGCUGCGCCUGAGUGGUCCCGCCAUUCAAUGUCGCCUUCGAAUAGUGUACAACUGGCUUCGAAUGCAUCAGAAAGAGUUCCUGUUUCUGAACGUCCAUUCAAGCGCCCUUCGAAUGUUGGACAUGCGGCUCCUCAUGAAUGAACCGCUAAAGUCACACCGGGAAAAAGAAAAUACCACCGAUACGGCGAAAGAGGCGGAACAAACCGGCGACGCGGAAGCUAGGAGAACCCUGCUCGAAGAAAUGUACACGGGAUUUUAUAAAAAUAAAUUCACUUCCACGGAAUAAUGGGAAACCGUGGAAGAAUACUCGUUGCUGUUUCUACGUUAUCCGUUUGUGUAUGUUGUAUCUUUGAGUCGAAUUGUAAGUUUGUUUGAAAGCGUUUAUUUAACCCAUGCUCUUUGGGUGCUCUUUUGCUUGGCAAUAAAAUAUUUACACGAAGAAACCGUUUUUUUUCUAAUGCCGGAUUCGACGUUCAUACGGUCUAUAAAUCUGCGAUUG